CGAGGAGACAAGUCUCGCUGAGUAAAGACGCCAAAAAUGUGAAGUGACUAGCUGGGAGCCAAGACGGAAAACUAGGGAAUGGGAGAUAAAGUGGCCUCAUGAAUAGGAAUGCCUGCCCAGACACCAUUGGAGAUGAUGGAUGAAGAUCGGCUAAUUGAAGAAGUCUUGGAUAAAUUUGUUAAUUGUCAUGAGCAAACAUAUGAAGAAUUUCUGAGAACGUUCACUCAUCUUUCAAAAGAUAAUGUGACCAAAAGAGAAGCCUUUGGAACUAAUUCUUCAGAAAACAAUUUUACUUCAAUAAAAUUUACUCAGAGAAAUGAACCAAAUGAUCACCAUCUUAGGAAUAAAGCCAUGUUUCUUCGUACUUCAUCACAAUGUUCGGAAGAGGAGCAGAUAAUGAUAGGUGACGGCCAAAAAGCUGGCAGUUGCUUUCAAGGUGAUCUGAAUCGAGCAGGGGAGGUGAAGGUAGACAAUUUCCUUGAUAUAGAAGAUUUAGACCUGGAUGAAGAGAUUAAUCCCCAGCUGAGCAAGGACGUGCUGCUGCUUCCAGGACAAGUGGAGCAGGAAGUGAGCUUGAGUGUUCCCUCUUACAUUCCUUCUGUGGCCGGCCAGCCUCUCACCCCUGGAACGAAGCCCGGGCCCACCGUGAAAGGAGCAGACAAACAAAGGGAAGAGAUCGUUGGAGAUGAAGUUCAGCCCUUCUCGCUUGAUGAAGAAUUCGAUUACGAUGCAGUGGUGCUAACCCCCAAGUUCACUCCUGCAGAGCUGAACGCUAUCAAAGAGCUAUCCAAGCAGAAGACAAAGAGCGCAGACUUAGAGGAGCCCCAUGACUGAUCCACCCAGACCUCUUUACAUUUAUUUUUAUUUUUUUCUUGCUCAAGUAACAUGAAAUUAAAAGAUAAACCUGUUGUAAUCCCCUUUA